GAGGCAACAUUUCAGGUAAAUCCUGAAAGUUCUUGUAAAUUACUCAAACUUUCAGUGAGUAGGUGUCAGCUAAAGAAGCAACCACCUUUUUAAAGAAAACACAACAAAGCAAGUUGCAUUUUUUUUUCCUGUGUAGGAUAGUUUCUGUCUGCACGGUUUCAUAGAAAACAGUUUGGUGAUAAAUCACGUUUGCAAGACUGCUUGCAUGUUUGACUGGAAUCAGAGAACAUAAAAUCCCAUCUGUGGUUUUUAAUGUAAAAACACAAUGCUCAUAAUUCUUGUGACUUAAUUUUGUCAAAAAAAAAAGUGCUGAGCGACCAAUGCUCACAGAAAACUAAAUGAGUAACUCUGAUGUUCCCUAAUUUGCUGAAGUUCACAGUGACACCAUGGGAGCUUCUCAUAACUCAAAACUCCACCCAUUGUUUUGUUUUUUGCUGAGCACAUGAUGGCCACCAGACAGGAACACAGGAAUCAUAACUGGUCACCUAUAUAAAGACUGUCAAACACCGCUGUGUGUGACAGGCAGAAGGAGGUACCUCGAUCUUCAACGCACUCACACCCACUGAGAGCCAGGUAAGCUGCUCCACUGCUGAUAACAAGACUCUGUAAUAUAUUAACACUGACACAAAGGGAGGAAAAAAGGGAGUUGGAAGAUAAGAUGAAAGAGAAAUUAAAAGAAAGUAGGUUAUAGCUGGUAUGUUGUGCAGUAAAGUGGUGACAUCAGACAUUAUAUCAGAAAGAAGUGGUUAAAAAACAGGCACAACCUGUGUGGGURCUGCAUGUCAUGAAGGAUGUCUGCUUUCUUUUGUCCUGUUCAGUAAAGAUGAAGUUACUGCUUGUUGCUGCUGCUGUUCUGGCUGUGGCCAGCUGUGCCACCAUUUCUCUGGAAGACCUCGAGUUUCACGCCUGGAAACUUAAGUUUGGGAGAUCAUACAGCUCUUCAACGGAGGAGGCUCAACGCAAGCAAAUCUGGCUCAACAACCGCAAAGUGGUGCUGGUGCACAACAUCAUGGCAGAUCAGGGCAUCAAGUCCUACCACCUUGGCAUGACCUACUUUGCUGACAUGGAAAAUGAAGAGUACAGGCGUCUGAUUUCCAAGGGCUGUCUGCAAGCGUUUAACACCUCUCUGCCCCGCCGUGGCUCUACUUUCUUCGGCCUUCCUGAAGGAACCCCUCUGCCCGACACUGUUGACUGGAGGGACAAGGGAUACGUCACAGACAUCAAGGACCAGAAGCAGUGUGGCUCCUGCUGGGCCUUCAGUGCAACUGGAUCACUGGAGGGUCAAACUUUCAGGAAGACAGGAAAGUUGGUGUCUCUGAGUGAGCAGCAGCUGGUCGACUGCUCUGGUGACUACGGUAACAUGGGCUGUGAUGGAGGCUUGAUGGAUUAUGCCUUCCAGUAUAUCAAAGCAAAUGGAGGGAUCGAUACAGAGGUUUCCUACCCUUAUGAGGCAGAGGAUGGACAAUGCCGUUACAACCCUAAUACCAUUGGUGCCACCUGCACAGGCUAUGUUGAUGUAACUCAAGGAGAUGAAAACGCUCUGAAGGAGGCUGUGGCCACCAUCGGACCAGUGUCUAUAGGCAUUGAUGCGGGUCAUAUGUCCUUCCAGCUUUAUGAACAUGGGGUGUAUGAUGAGCCUGAAUGCAGCAGCACUGAAUUGGAUCAUGGUGUGCUGAUUGUGGGUUAUGGCACUGAUCAGGGGAAGGAUUACUGGCUGGUCAAGAACAGCUGGGGUCUUCAAUGGGGAGACAAGGGCUACAUUAAGAUGACCAGAAACAAAAAUAACCAGUGUGGAGUUGCCACUGCAGCCAGCUACCCCCUGGUCUGAACAGGUCCGCUUCGURGAUCUUCUGGAACGAGGAGUUGAAUAGUGACAAAUAAUUACCUUUAAUUGUUAUUUUUUAAUCAUGUUGUGUAACGCACGAUAUUAAUUAUGUAUUGUAGCAAUUUGUAUUUUAUUUUCAUACAUGUUAAUAUGGACCCCUGUUGCACUUUUAAUAACUGUUUAUGAACACUGUGAAUUGAUGUAAGGAAAUAAAACAUUUGACACUAAAACAGAAAAAA